CUAAAACCGGUGUUUACGCAACGCACUUGUCUCUCACACGUGUAUAAAUGUCAACAUGAGGAAAGCGAAGUUGUGUCUAGAAAAUGGCACCGAAUACGAAGGCAUUUCAUUCGGUGCCGAACUGGACGUGCCUGGAGAAGUUGUGUUCCAGACCGGAAUGGUUGGCUAUGUUGAGUCCCUCACAGACCCGUCUUACUGCAAACAGAUUCUUGUGCUCACCUAUCCACUGAUUGGUAACUAUGGAGUUCCUCAGGAGGAAGUGGACAAGUACGGUCUCAUCAAGUGGUUUGAGUCGGACAACAUUCACGUUUCUGCCCUGAUUGUGGGAGAUAUCACAGAGGAGUACAGUCACUGGAGUGCUGUCCAGUCCCUGUCAAAAUGGCUCAGAGACCACAACAUUCCGGGAAUAUAUGGUAUUGACACUAGAAGUCUCACCAAAAGGAUCAGAGAGUCUGGUACCCUGCUUGGCAAGGUCAUUCAGGAGGGCCAUGAUCCUGACCUUGUGACCUUUAUGGACCCAAACAAGCUUAACCUUGUCGAGGAGGUUUCACUGAAGGAGCCCCUGACGUACAACAAGGGUGGUGACGUACACAUCGCAGCUCUGGACUGUGGAAUCAAGUACAAUCAGAUACGGUGUCUGUGUGACCGGGGUGCAACUGUCACUGUUCUACCAUGGGAUAGCCCAGUAGACUUCAAAGAUUAUGAUGGAUUGUUCCUUAGCAACGGUCCUGGCAACCCGAUGAUGUGCUCUCAGACCAUCUCUAAUUUGCGCUGUGUCCUAGCGACAGAAAACAUCAAGCCUGUUUUUGGUAUUUGUCUCGGACACCAGUUACUUGCCCUUGCCAUUGGGGCAACGACCUACAAAUUGCCGUUUGGUAACCGUGGUCACAACCAGCCGUGUCUGUACGAGGGCUCCACGCGCUGCUACAUCACGACCCAGAAUCACGGGUUUGCGGUGGACGCUACCAGUCUGCCCACUGACUGGGCGCCACUGUUUACCAACGCCAAUGACAACAGCAAUGAGGGCAUCGUGCACAAACAUAAACCAGUCUUUAGUGUCCAGUUUCACCCAGAGCACAUGGCUGGACCUAGAGAUCUCGAGCACCUGUUUGACGUGUUCUUGGACCAUGUGCGCUCCUACAAACUGAUGAGAUACAGCCCCACUAUUAAGGAGCGUCUCCACAGCGUGCUAUGCAGUUCGGUUCCCUUGUCAGAGAUCAUUACUGAGAAGCCACGCAAGGUGCUACUGCUGGGGUCAGGUGGGCUGUCCAUCGGCCAGGCCGGAGAGUUUGACUAUUCAGGAUCACAGGCUAUCAAGGCCUUAAAGGAGGAAGGCGUACAGACCGUGUUGAUCAACCCAAACAUCGCAACCGUACAGACGUCCAAGGGCAUGGCUGAGAAGACUUACUUCCUGCCUAUCACUCUGGACUAUGUCACACAGGUCAUAAAGAGUGAGCGGCCAGACGGGAUCCUGCUCACAUUCGGUGGUCAGACAGCCCUGAACUGCGGCGUUCAGCUCACCAACUCUGGCGUGCUGGAAAAGUACAAUGUGCGUGUGCUCGGUACCCAGGUUAAGUCCAUCGAGUGGACGGAGGACAGGAAGGUGUUCGCCGAGAAAAUGGCGGAGAUUAAUGAACAUGUGGCCCCCAGCGAGGCUGCAUACAGUGUGGAACAGGCCGUGAAGGCGGCUGCCAGGAUUGGCUACCCGGUCCUGGUCCGUGCUGCAUACGCCCUGGGGGGUCUUGGGUCUGGGUUUGCGAACAACGAGGAGGAGCUGGAUGUCCUGGUAACGUCUGCCUUCGCACAUACCAGCCAGGUGCUUGUUGAUAAGUCGCUGAAGGGGUGGAAGGAGGUGGAGUACGAGGUGGUACGGGAUGCCUACGACAACUGCAUCACAGUGUGUAACAUGGAGAAUGUUGAUCCCCUGGGUAUCCACACAGGAGAGUCCAUAGUGGUGGCUCCCAGCCAGACCCUCACCAACGUGGAAUACAACAUCCUGCGUUCCACCGCCAUCAAGGUCAUACGACACCUGAGGAUUGUAGGGGAGUGCAACAUACAGUAUGCACUGAACCCUGAGUCUCAAGAGUACUUCAUCAUCGAGGUGAAUGCACGUCUCUCGCGCAGUUCCGCCCUAGCGAGUAAGGCGACAGGUUACCCGUUAGCCUACGUGGCAGCCAAGCUGUCACUGAACAUGCCCCUACCCGCUCUGAGGAACUCUGUCACCAACUCCACAACAGCGUGCUUUGAGCCAAGUCUGGACUACUGCGUGGUGAAGAUACCUCGCUGGGAUUUGAAGAAGUUUACUAGAGUUUCGUCCAAGAUUGGCAGUUCCAUGAAGAGUAUAGGCGAGGUGAUGGCAAUAGGGCGCUGCUUUGAAGAGGCCUUCCAGAAGGCACUUCGAAUGAUGGAUGAGUCACUGCUCGGCUUUGAACCUCACGAGCGUGAGAUUGAGACGGAGCUGACGGAGCCAACAGACAAACGCAUCCUGGUCCUUGCCCACGCCUUGUGUGAGAAGUACUCCAUUGACCGGCUGUACGAACUGACCAAGAUUGACCGCUGGUUUCUACACAAGUUCAAAAACAUCAUAGACCAUAGGGAGCGGAUGGAGGCCUAUGUGGGAAAAGCCCGUGAGUUGCCACCUGACUUAAUAAAAAAGGCCAAGCAGCUAGGUUUCUGUGAUGAACAGAUUGCACAGUCCAUUAAGAGCACAAGCCAAGUUGUCCGCAAGCUUCGAUACAAACUGGGCAUCGUACCAUUCGUGAAGCAGAUAGACACAGUGGCAGCGGAGUGGCCAGCUCAGACCAACUAUCUGUACCUGACCUACAACGCCUCGGAGCACGACCUUGGCUUUGUGGGAGGUCAUGUGAUGGUCCUGGGAAGUGGCGUGUAUCGUAUCGGCAGCAGCGUGGAGUUUGAUUGGUGUGCGGUGAACUGUAUCCGAGAACUACGCAGGAUGGGUAAGAAAACGAUUAUGGUGAACUACAAUCCUGAAACAGUUAGCACAGACUAUGACAUGUGUGACAGACUCUACUUUGAUGAAAUCUCCUUUGAGACUGUGAUGGACAUUUAUGAGCUAGAAAAGCCAGAGGGCAUCAUCCUGUCCAUGGGUGGUCAGCUACCCAACAACAUCGCCAUGCCUCUACAGAGGAACAAGGCUAAAAUCCUGGGCACGUCCCCAGAGUGCAUUGACAACGCUGAGAACAGGUUCAAGUUUUCCCGCAUGCUUGACAACAUGGGCAUCAGUCAACCCAGAUGGAAGGAGCUCUCAACAAUAGAGAGUGCCAAGCAGUUCUGUGAGGAGGUGGGAUACCCUUGUCUUGUGCGUCCCUCCUAUGUGCUCAGUGGGGCUGCUAUGAAUGUGGCAAACUCCCCUGGAGAUCUGGAGUCUUACCUCACACAGGCUAGCGCUGUGUCCAAGGAACAUCCCGUGGUCAUCUCUAAGUUCAUACUGGAGGCAAAGGAGAUAGAUGUUGAUGCAGUGGCCUAUGACGGUGAGGUGGUCUGCAUGGCCGUUUCAGAACACGUGGAGAACGCUGGAGUGCACUCAGGGGACGCAACUCUGGUUACGCCCCCGCAGGAUCUGAACGAAGAGACACUGGCAAAGAUCCGACUGAUCUGCUGUGCGAUCGGUCGAGCCCUCGAGGUCAAUGGACCGUUCAACAUACAGCUUAUUGCAAAGGAUAACAAGCUGAAGGUCAUUGAGUGCAAUGUGCGUGUGUCAAGGUCAUUUCCGUUUGUUUCCAAGGCCCUUGACCAUGACUUCAUUGCCAUGGCGACCAGGGUGAUCAUGGGAGAGGCCGUGGAACCAGUCAACGUUCUGCAUGGGUGCGGCAGAGUUGCCUGCAAGGUGCCUGUGUUCUCGUUCUCACGUCUGCAAGGGGCCGAUGUUCUGCUGGGAGUGGAGAUGGCCAGCACAGGGGAGGUGGCAUGUUUCGGGGAGAACCGAUAUGAGGCGUACUUGAAGGCUCAGCUGGCCACGGGCUUCAGGAUUCCCAAACAGAACAUCCUGGUGUCCAUUGGCAGCUAUAAGCACAAGCAGGAGUUGAUCCCCACCUUACAGACACUGGUAGACUUGGGAUAUGUUCUCUAUGCCAGCAUGGGCACGGCAGACUUCUACAAUGAACAUGGAUUUAAGGUCCGUCCGAUAGACUGGCCUUAUGACGACAUUGAAAGUGAUGAUGCUGGAAAAUCUGGGAAAACACCCAAUCAGCAGACGAUAGCAGACUACCUGUCGGAGAACAAGUUUGACCUAGUUAUCAACCUCCCGUUGCGUAACAGCUCCCAGCGCGCCUCUUCCUUUGUCACCCAGGGCUACAAGACCCGCCGUAUGGCUAUUGACUAUUCUGUGCCACUGAUCACAGAUGUGAAGUGUACCAAGAUGUUUGUGCAGGCUCUACGUCUGCUCCGCACAGCCCCUCCCAUGAAGACACAUGUGGACUGUAUUGCCUCUCACCGGGUCAUCAGGCUGCCAGGUUUCAUUGACGUUCACGUUCACGUACGUGAGCCUGGGGCCACCCACAAGGAGGACUGGAGCUCCUGCACUGCGGCAGCGCUGGCAGGGGGUGUGACCACCAUCCUGGCCAUGCCCAACACCAACCCACCCACAGUGGACGAGGCAGCGUUCAACCUCACCCAGAAACUAGCCCGAGCUGGUGCCAGGUGUGACUUUGGUGUGUAUGUGGGAGCCAGUACGGACAACUACAGUAAGCUGACCUCCCUGGCCCCGGCAGCGGCUGGUCUCAAGAUGUACCUGAAUGAGACCUUCACCACUCUCAAGUUGGACGACCUAUCGAUCUGGAUGAAGCACUUUGAGCACUGGCCUCGUGCCUGGCCCCUGUGUGCUCAUGCGGAGGGCUCCCACACUGCAGCCGUCAUUCUGAUGGCAGAGCUGUUCAACCGACCAGUGCACGUGUGCCACGUUGCUAGGAAGGAGGAGAUUCUUGUCAUUCGUGCUGCCAAGGAACGUGGCUUGCCUGUCACCUGUGAGGUCGCGCCUCAUCACCUGUUCUUGACCUCAGAUGACCUUGACACUGUGGGUCAAGGUCGCGGAAAGGUCAAGCCACCACUUGUCACUAAGGAGGACCAGGAUGCAUUGUGGGACAACAUGGCCUUUAUUGACAUCUUUGCAACUGAUCAUGCCCCUCACACAGUGGAGGAAAAGAACAGUGACAACCCUCCACCUGGCUUCCCUGGUCUUGAGACUAUGGUACCCCUCCUGCUGACAGCUGUCGCUGAGAGCAGGCUAACUAUAGAGGAUCUGGUUGAGCGUCUGUACACAAACCCCCGUAAGAUCUUCAACCUCCCCGAGCAACCGGACACAUACAUAGAGAUUGACCUUGAGACAACCUGGAUCAUCCCCCCUGCCAUGAAGUUUAGCAAGGCUCAGUGGACACCGUUUGCUGGUCGCAGUGUGAAGGGGAUGGUUCGUAGGGUGGUACUUCGCGGAGAGGUCGCCUAUAUUGACGGGGAGGUGCUAGCCAGGCCAGGGUUCGGCUUGGACGUUCGAUCCAUGAGGCCCCCUCCGGCCGCUGACCAGCUGUCCAUCAACAUACCACCCCUCUCAUCCCUGCCAACCUCGGAACCAACCAGCCCCUUGAAGCGUAUCCCGGGAGAUGUCCGGCCCACCUUUCCCUCCCUGCCCAAACCUGGCAGGUUUACGGACACCUAUAAUCUUCAUGUUCCUAAAAGGACUGUGUCCGAGGCUUCAUGGUCUCCCAUGAAAGGGGAAAACAAAAGUGACCGUGAUGGGGUUCGUGGUGACCUUGCAGAGCCCCCUCGCCGUGACCUUGGCCUCUUGUCCCCACAGCCUCUUCCUGGCCCUACGAGAGAGGUCCUGCCCCACAUGUUCUCUGGGGGUCUGACUCGUAACCAUGUCCUCUCUGUCACCAACUUUAGUAGGGAUCAGCUCCACCAGUUGUUUAACCUGGCUCACCAGUUCCGCGCGGCUGUGCAGAGAGACCGGCCAUUGAACUACAUACUCAAGGGUAAGGUGAUGGCGUCCAUGUUCUAUGAGGUGAGCACACGUACCUGCUGCUCAUUCUCAGCAGCUAUGCAGCGUCUGGGAGGCUCUGUGAUACACUUUGAUGAGGCCACGUCGUCAGUUAAGAAGGGAGAGUCAAUGGAUGACACGGUGCAAACACUGAGUGGCUACAGUGAUGUCCUGGUGAUACGCCACCCUCUGCCUCACGCCGUCACAAAUGCGGCGGCUAACUGCACAAGACCGGUUAUUAAUGCGGGAGACGGGACCGGGGAGCACCCCACUCAGGCUCUACUUGACGUGUUCACCAUCAGAGAGGAGAUUGGCACCGUGAACGGACUCACUAUCACCAUGGUGGGUGACUUGAAGCACGGACGGACAGUCCACUCGCUGGCAAAGCUUCUCACCAACUACCGGGUGAACUUGCUCUAUGUCUCCCCCGGCAACCUGAGAAUGCCUGCAGAUGUGAUCAACUACGUCAAGAGCAAGGGCAUUAACCAGCAGGAGUUGUCUAGCCUGGAGGAGGCCCUGUUAGACACAGAUGUACUGUACAUGACCCGCAUACAGAAGGAACGCUUUACAUCCCCGCAGGAGUAUGAACAGGCUUGUGGCAAGUUUGUGGUAACACCAGAGCUGAUGACAAAGGCUAAGAAGAAAAUGGUUGUCAUGCAUCCUUUACCAAGAAACUUUGAAAUCAGCCCAACAUUUGACUCGGACCCUCGUGCGGCGUAUUUCCGUCAGGCAGAGAAUGGAAUGUAUGUGAGAAUGGCGCUUUUAGCUCUGGUUCUCGGCAAAGGCUAGAACCUGCAAGCUGGGAUCAAAGAGUUGGCGUGACUAGCUGUAUAAAAGUCAUUUGAGUCUAAAAAGGUCAUUUGACAACUUUUUGUUAUGGUAGCUUUUUUGUAUUAUUGAUGUUUGGGACUUGUCCUGCAUGGUCUGUUGUCAAGUGUCAUCAUGCUGUAAAAACAUGGAUGCAAGAGUACAAAUUUAGCUCACGUGGUCAUCUUUAGCUCCUGGUUUGCCUGUGGUUACUGUAAUCAUUAUCUGUUGUAAACCCCACAUCCUUCUAAACUUCUAAACUUUAUUUCAGAUUUUGACCAAACUUUACUUGAAUAAUCUUUAGAUUCUAAUUGAUUUUUGUGAAAGUUUUUUUAAAAAUGUGUUCAGAUGAUUAUGUCCUGGUCAGUUGCCCAUGUGGAUGAGGUUAACUGAGCUGAAAUGUGCUAAAAAGGCAAAACUUAUACUCUCAAAUAUUUUGUUUUAAACUCUUCUUCAAUUACUGAAUAGUAGACUUUAUAUAUAUAUGGUGUGUCUGUGUCAAAACAUUUCCUUUUUGUGCAUCCAUAUUUGUGACAUAUUUCGAGUUAUUUUCUGUGAAGCGGAGUUUUAAAGUUUAUAACACAGUACAGUUGUCUUCCACAGGUAAUGCUUAAAUUAUGUAUUUUGAAUAGAAAAAAAUAUGUCCAAAGCUUGAAUAUUCAUUACUUGGUAGGUCUUAUGGAUUGAUUGCUUUUUGCUUGAUUGUGUGCUUAAUUUAGCAGAGAUAAUUGCGGUUUAAAUGUAUCAUGUUUUGAUAUUUAGAAAUUGCAAUUUAAAUGUUAAUGGGUUGAAAAAGCUGAUCAAAUAUGUGUAUGCCUAGCAUUGUUUCCACAAAUCUGUCUGUAUAACACUAUUUCUUUUAUGUGUUAUAAUCAAUUUUCUGUGUUCUAUGUUAUUCAAAAGUACCAAAGUAUGGAGGAACUUUGUUUUCAUCUGAAUCUCAUUUACAUGUGUUCAUUAAUCUACAGUUAUACUGGUACAGUUUUCAUGGAUUUAUUAUCGUGUUAUUUUCUUUUUUCAGAAUUUUUGUUUAUUUCUAUUUUAUAUGCGUUUCAUAUUUUUCGUGUUAGUUAAUAUUUGGUCAGAAAUUUUAUUAUUAAUAAUAUUAAUAUUUAGCAUUUUUUCAUCUGUAAACUUAUUUGUUGUUUGUGCAAAAAUGAUAGACUAUAUAAACCUAUAGUAAUGGAAGUCUUCAUUAAUUACAAUAAAAUGAAAAAUCAUUAUUCAAUACUAUUCAGGUAAUACUAGAAGUUUUGGUAUUGGAAAGAUAGUACCAGACUUAGUGUUGCUUGGGAUAAGUAGGGUUUUAAGACAAAAGUGGACAGUUGGGGCACCUGUGCCAUAUGGUAUAUUUCAAGAUAAGAUUUAUGAUUAGAAAAUGGAUUUCGAUCUCUGUUGAUAACACACUCUCAGAAAAUGCGUUCCUAUUUUUAUAAAAAAACUUUUUGUAUACUUAUGCUUAAGGUGCUUUUAUUUUUAUGCUCCCUCAAAAUUUAUUUUGGGGGGAGCAUAUAGUCGCCGCUUUGUCUGUCCGUGUGUGUGUCUGUCUGUGUCCGUCUGAGCACAAUUUUUGUCCGGGCUAUUUCUCAGCAACUAAUGACCGGAAUUCAAUGAAACUUUAUGGGAAGCUUCACUACCAGGAGUAGAUGUGCAUAUUAUCACCAGGUUCUGGUCGGAUGAUUUUUCACAGAGUUAUGGCCCUUUGAUGAAAUUUUCUAUUAAAAAAUUCUUCUCCCCCCCCAACUACUGUGCCCUCAAGACGUUUCCUUUUAUCUGAAUAUAUAGUGCAAUAUUGUGACAAAGAAAAACCUUUGGGGAGCAUCACCCGUCUCUGACGGUUUCUUGUUUUGAUCUCUUAUGCUUACGCAAUCACAAAAUGUGUUCAGAUUUACUUCUAUGCUCAAUUGUUAUAUGUAAGUGCUAGAACAAAUUGAAUGGAUUUAGAUCUCUUUUUUUGGAAAAAAUUGCACAAUGUGUCUAGAAUUUAUUUGACUUUUUCUUCACUAAUACUACUUUGUGCAUGAAAAUAUUGAUACUUAUUUUGAAAUUAUUCAGUAAAAUUAAAUGACUUGUUCAAAUUA